AUGCAUCAUAUAGCACCACCGGUGAUGAGAGACAGGCAUAAAAAGGAUAAGAUACAUAUAUCAGGUCCCACUGGAUUGCGACACAAAAGUAAGGCAAAGUCCAAACAUUCGCCAUCACCUGUUUCGAGUUUAGGUCGGACGGGUUCGAAAAAUGUGGUUCCUAGUUUAGGAGAUGCCACUGAGUUAGGUGGAUCAGAGCCUACACUCAGCGAAAAACUCAAGGUUUUUAAGGCUUCUGGUUUUGAUCCUGAAGAAUUCUUGACUUCUAAAUGUCGUAAUAUGAGCGAAAAGGAAGUAAAGAACGUGUGCUUGUACCUUGUUGAUUUGAAGAAGGCAUCUGCAGAGGAAAUGCGGAAAAGUGUAUAUGCUAAUUAUCCAUCUUUUAUACGUACAUCUCGGGAGAUUUGUGAUCUUGAAGGACAACUUCUUGAUUUGAGAAACUUGUUGUCUUCUCGGGCAGUUCUUGUUAAUGGUUUAACUGAUGGAAUUCGUAUAGAUUCUUUUUCGUCUCAUCAAAAAGGUUCAGUAAAAGUGGAGGAUGUUAAUUUGGAUGACUUGGAACCUACAAACCAAGAGAAGUGGUUAGCAGAAUUUAUGGAGGCUCUUGAGGUGUUACUGGCUGAGAGAAGAAUUGAUGAAGCAUUAGAUGCACUUGAAGAAGGUGAAAAAAUUGCAGAGGAAGACAAUAAAUAUCAGUCAUUGACGUCCAAUGCAAUGUUACAACUGCAGAAUAAUAUAAUUGAACAAAGGCAGAAGUUGGCUGAUAGCCUUGUGGAAUCGGCUUCUCAUCCUUCUGCUACUCGUGUUGAGCUUCGUGCAUCUGUACAAGCUCUGAAAAGACUUGGUGAUGGUUCUCGAGCUCAUAGUUUGUUGUUGAGAUCUCAUCAUCGCAAGUUGCAACACUAUGUAAGGGAUCUUCAUCCAGCAGCACCUUCACUUGGAGUAAUAUAUAUAACUGCCCUUUCACAGAUUACCUUUUCAGCCCUGGCACAAGCAGCUAGUGAUUCUUUGUCUAUAUUUGGUGAUGAGCCUUGCUACACAUCUGAGCUCGUAACGUGGGCUGCCAAUCAGACGGAGAGUUUUGCGCUUCUUGUGAAGAAACACUUUCUAGCAUCACCAGCAUCAUCAGGGAGCCUAAGAAUAGUUUCUGAGUGUGUCCAGGUAUGCUUGGGUCACUGUUCUGUGUUAGAAGACCGCGGAAUGGCUCUUUCUCCAGUUUUAUUGAAAAUUUGCAAUCCUUGUGUUGAGCAAGCAUUUGUUGCCAGCAUAAAAAGAAUUGAACAAAGCACAGCCGCAGUAGCUGCCUCAGAUGAUUGGUCACUUAAUUAUCCCCCUAUUGGUUCACGCUCUUUCAGUGCCUCGUCUCUUACUAGUGUUGUAUCCCAACCGAAGCUUUCCAGCAGUGGUCAUAGAUUUAAUUCAAUGACUCAGGAAAUAUGCGAGGACGUAGGUUCACUUGAGAACUUGCAUUUGGCUAACCAGGCCUUGGAAAGUCUUUUUCAACUUUUUAACACAUACAUCAAUAUGUUAAUAAACGCAUUGCCCAAUUCUACUGAGACGGAGAACUUAGAAGGAACAGGGAGGCUUGUCCAGAUUGCAGAGACCGAAGAGCAACAGGUAGCCUUGCUUGCUAAUUCCGUAGUAUUAGCAGAUGAACUGCUUCCACCUGCUCUCAGCAAGCUUUCAUCCUUGUCACAAACUGAUGAUGGUUCUCGAAGAGGUUCAGAUAGGCAACGAGAACUCAAAAAGAGGUUGCAACGCUUGGUUGAUCAAUUGCGAGAUAGUUUCUGCCGCCAGCAUGCACUUGAUUUAAUCUUCAAUGAAGAUGGUUCUGUUCGUUUGUGUGCAGACAUGUACUUGAGUAUGGAUGGACGUGCCGAAGAACCUAAUUGGUUUCCUUCUCCAAUAUAUCAGGAUCUUUUUGGAAAGUUGACUCGAGUUGCAAAUAUAGCAUCUGAUGUGUUUGUUGGAAAGGAUAGAUUUGCUACAAUUCUUCUAAUGAGGCUCACGGAGACUGUCAUCUUGUGGCUUUCUAAUGAACAAGCCUUUUGGGAUGAAAUUGAGGGAGGGCAAAAGUCUUUGGGGCCUUAUGGUCUUCAACAGUUCUAUUUAGAUAUGCAGUUUGUCAUACUCUUUGCAUCUCGUGGUCGCUACUUAUCACGAAACCUUCAUCAAGUUAUCAAAAAUAUCAUUGGAAGAGCUAUAGAAGCAGUCGCCGCAACCAAAAUAGAUCCUUAUAGUGUAUUACCAGAAGAUGAAUGGUUUGCUGAUGUUGCUCAAUUAGCUAUAAAGAUGUUGUCAGGAGACGAUGGUUAUCAGAAUGAAAUGGAAGAUAUCGGCAGCCCUACAGGAGCUCAGUCUAUAGAGAGUUACUAG